AUGGAGUCUAUGCAGAAGCCGCAUCUUCAUUCCUCUCAGGGCUGUUUCCCAUUUUCCCAGUGUGCUCAGCUCUCUCUCUGUCUCUCUUGCUCAGCCUAUCCCGUUCAGCAGAUGGAGAGGAGCAGGAGGUGGGGAGAGGAAGAGGAAGAGGAGGAGGAGGAGGGGGAGGGUAAGACAGAGGGAGGGUGGGAGGAAAACGAGCUGUAUCGCUCUCUCCUGCAUCAGCGUCAGCAUCACAGCCACGCCAGCCUCCGUCACCCGACACCAACGAGGAAGAAGGAGCUAAAAAAAAACAGCAGCAGCUCCUCCUCCCCCUCCUGA